GAGGCCACUUUGAGGAGCUCAAGGGUGGCUUCGCUUUGGACAAGGAGGUGUGCCAAGGGGCCGUGCCUCCAGAGGUGUAUCGGGCGUGCCCUGGUUUGUUUGGUGAGCUUUGUGAGUUCGGGGUCGAGUGUAGUGAAGGUUUAGUCCUGCGGUCCCCUCCUGUAGGUGAUGGCGAGAGCAGUGGAGUGCAGCCAAUUUCAGUGUUUUUGCCACUUGCGCAGCCUUUUUUCGAGCGAAGCCUCUUUGUGGCACUGACCGGUUCGGCCCCUUGCUCGAAGCCGUGGAUCUCGGAUGGAGCUCGUGCUUUGCAGCUAGCUCGAGGCAUGAAUGGGACCGACUUUGUCAGUAAAUUUCUCAACUCCAACCCGGAUGCAGCACCGAUGCUGGUGUCGGCGCUCUUUCGUGCAACAGCAUGCUUGGCCAAUCACCCCCAUGGCGUUAGUGUUGUCAGCGAGCCUGUAUGCCAUUGCCAGGACUUAAAGCUCAGUUCGACUGUUGAUGUGCUGUUGAGCUGCUUGAAGGGACCCUUAGCGCGCCUUACCGAGCAUCGCUUCGACUGCAGGGUUGCGCAGGCUGCCUUACGAGAGGCAACGCCAGAGCCUCAGCAGUGUUUAGCUUCGGAGCUCCAGGGCCAAGUCAUCAGCAUUUGCCAGCACCUUCAUGCCAAUUUCGCAUUGCAUUUGUGCUUUGAGCUGCUGGAACCUCAUUUUGAUGCAGUCUCAGUCACAGUUCGAGUUUGUGAUUGCAGUGUCGUGCAGAGGUUGAUUGAGCACUGUUUAUGUGAGCCACAACUCAUCGUUGAAGAUGUCGAGAAACUGCUUGCCAAACAGGUCGACUCGAUCCCAUGCCCAACGUCGCGGAUCUCGGAUGUACCUUGUCGAGGCCUGAACGGGACCGACGUUGUCUGCAAAUUUUUCAGUUCCAACCCCGAUGCAGCGCCAAUGCUGGUGUCGGCGUUCGUCCGCGAAGUAGCAUACUUGGCCGGUCACCCCCAUGACACUGGUGUUGUCAGUGAGCCUGUAUGCCCAUGCCAGGACCUAAAGCUCAGUUCUGUUGUCGAUGCGAUGUUGAGCUCCUUGAAGGGCUCCUUCGUGCGCCUUACCGCCCUCCGUUUCGGUUGCAGGGUCGCGCAGGCUGCCUUACGAGAGGCAACGCAGGAGUUUCCGCCGUGGUUAGUUUCGGAGCCCCAGGGCCAAGACCCCAGCAUCUGCCAGCACCUUUCCUCAAAGCUGCUGAUCUCGGAUGUAGCUUGUGUUGCAAAACUCGCCCGAAGCUCGAAUGGGACCCACUCCCACGGCGGCGGUGUUGUCAGUAAAUCUGUAUGCCAUUGCCUGGACUUAAAGCUCAGAUCUGAUGUCGAUGCGCUGACAAGCCCCUCGAAAGGUUCUUUGGUGUGCCUUGCCACACACCGUGUCGGCUGCAGUGUCGCGCAGGCUGCUUUGCCUACCCAACAGGCCGAUUCGACCCUGUACCCGAAGCCGCGAAUCUCGGAUGUAGCUUGUGUUGCAAAGCUCGCCUGCAGCUCGAAUGGGACCGAUGUUGUCAGCAAAUUUCUCAGCCCCAACCCCACUGCAGAGCCAAUGCUUGUGUCGGAUUCUCUCCCUGCCGUUGCGUGCAUUUCCAGUCACCCCCGCGGCGACGGUGUUGUCGUUGAGUCUGCAUGCCAUGGCCAGGACUCACAGCUCAGCCUUGACGUCGAUGCGAUCUCGGGCUCCUUGAAGGGCUCACUGGUGCGCCUUGCCAAGCACCGUGUCGGCUGCAGGGUCGCGCAGGCUGCUUUACGAGAUGCAAGUGUGCGUGCAGUGAGUUUUGCAGAGCCUAGCCAGCAGGUGAUCUUCUUGCCUUCCGAGGUUCCUGAGGUCCCAGAUGCCACGGAUUCCAGUUGCAGUGUGGAGCUCACAGGAUCAGAGGUCACAGGUGCCGAAGGUCCCAGGUGCAAUGCAGAGGUCCAAGGUGCCGAAGGCCCCAGGUGCAUUGCAGAGGUCACAGGUGCCAAACGUCCCAGGUGCAUUGCAGAGGUCCGUGCAGAGCUCUCAGGUGCCGAAGGUCCCGCGUGCGUUGCAGAGGUCACAGCUGCCAGAGGUCCCAGGUGCAGUGCAGCAGUCCCAGAGUCUCUGCAGUGGCUGGUUUCGGAGCUCCAGGGCCAAAUCCUCAGCAGUUGCCGGCACCUUCAUGCCAACUUCGUGCUGCAUGUGUGCAUUGAGCUGCUUGAGCCUCACUUUGAUGCAGUCUCAGUCGCGGUUCAUGUUGGUGAUUGUCAUGCCCUGCGUUGGUUGAUUGAGCACGGUUCAUGUAAACCACAACUUACCCAACCUGUUGUUUCCCUCCCGGGCAUCGUUGAAAAGGUUGAGAGGCCGCUCACCCAACAGGCCGAAUCGACCCUGUGCCCCAAGCCGCGUAUCUUGGAUGUAGCUUGCGUUGCAAGGCUCGCCAGCAGCUUCAAUGGGACCGAUGUUGUUAGCACAUGUCUCGGCCCCAACCCCAAUGCAGUGCCAAUGCUGGUGUCGGACUCAACCGCAUUAAAAAAUGCCAAACUGCAUAGCCUGAAGGGCAAGACUGCAUUUUGCCAGAUUUGGCAAAGAUCAGGCAAAAUGACUUUCGGCCAAUUGACCCCUCAAUUUCUCAGCUCCAACCCCGAUGCAGCGCCAACGCUGGUGUCGGCCGCCUUCCCUGAAGGGGCAUGCUUGGCCAGUCAACCCCACAACGAUGGUGUUGUCGCUCAGCCUGUAUGCCAUGGCCAGGACUUCAAGCUCCGUUCUGCUGUCGACGCGAUGUUGAGCUCCUUGAAGGGCUCAUUGGUGCUGGUUUCGGAGGUCCAGGACCAAGCCCUCAGCAGUCGCCAGCACCUUCAUGCCAACUUCGUGAUGCACCUGUGCAUCGAGCUGCCGGAGCCUCACUUCGAUGCAGUCUCAGUCGCAAUUCAUGUUCUUGGUAGCCGAGUCCUGCAGUGGUUGAUUGUGCACGGCUCAUGUGAGCCACCACUUAUCCAGCUAGCUGACUCCAUGCUGGACAUCGUUGAAAACGUCGAGAAGCUGCAUACCGUUCAGGCCGAUGCGACCCUGAGCCCAAAGCCGCGGAUCUCGGAUGUAGCUUGCGCUUUGCAACUGGCCCGCAGCCUCAGUGGGACCGAUGUUGCCAGCAAAUUGCUCAGCCCUAAUCCCAAUGCAGCGCCAAUGCUGGUGUCGGGCUUAGUGCGUGAAGUGGCACGCUUGGCCAGUCACCCCCAUGGCAAUCGUGUUGUCAGCGAGCUUGUAUGCCAUUGCUCAGGCUUAAAGCUUCGUUAUGAUGUCGAUGUGCUGUUGAGCUGUUUGAAGGGGCCCUUGGUGCUUUUUAAUAACGACUGUCUCGACUGCAGGGUCGCCCAGGCUACCUUACGAGAGGUGGCGCCGGAGACUCAGCAGCGUUCCGUUUCGGAAUUUCAGGGCCAACUCCUCAGCGUCUGCCAGCACCUCCGCGCGGACGUCGAUCGUCUCGCUUACCGCGUGCCAUCCUCAGCCGCCUUAAUCGUGCGCUCGGCAUCUGAGGAGCCUGAUGUUCCAGAACUCCGUUUUUGUCGCGACAGCGGGAGCCUGGGCGUGAGUCCACCGGACCGGCGCGAUUGCAAACGGAGGCUCGCCAACCCGACCGACAUGCCAGGUCCGCUGAGGCUGCGUCUCACGAUUGGAUUGCCGCGGAUUGCCCUGCUAAGAGUUCCAUCAUCGACUCAGGAGCGUGCCACCACUGACACUAGGCAACAGCCCACAACAUGGUCAUGCAUCGGUGGCCCCUUGAGAUGGUUGCGUGACGCAGUGACCCGUUGGUGCACGUUGGAGCCGCGCCUAACCCAGAGCCACGACCCCAGCGUGGGCGUGAGAAUCGGGGAAGCAAGCCACCCCGGCCCCGACAUGCAAAUUGACCUUGGCAACCUCAACGCGUUGUUGGGUCCAGCCAUUCUGCAACAGAUUCAAGAGCAAAUUCAAAGAGCGGUAGCGCAAGCUGUGCAACAGGCUUUGCAAGGUUUGAACCUGGAAGGGGCCUCCUCGGUGCCUGCGUCGCGGGCUUCCGCUCCUAACGCCGCCCGUCCGGCUCCACAAGAGAACGAGGAUGAGGAAUGGCAGCAACCCAAGCGCAAACGCAGGCGCAAGGGCAAGGGUAGUGGCGAAGGCAGCGUUGUCGCCGCUGUUUCUCCGCCUGCGUCUACGCCGGAGCUCCCGCGUGCAGCCAACCCAGGCAAAGGCCAAGGCAAAGGCAAGGGAAAAGGUGACGUGCCGCGCAAUGCGCAACCCUUGUCCGCUGGCAGAGGUAAGGUGCACCAGGCAGGUACAGGCAAAAGCAGAGGCAAAGGUUCUGGCGUGCAACCGUCGCAGUCCGCUGGCCAAGAGUCUGAGUGGCAGGUUGUGACCCGCAAAAGGAGCCCCGCGCCGGCCGGCGACUUCACCCUUCGGCCUGAGGACUGGGAUGCUCCUAUCGUCACUUUCGAGCAGCUGGCGACUUUCAUCGAAAAGGCCGAAGAAGGAACCACGGUAGAGGCUGUCGUGCAUGUCAGCAAGGAACAGGAAGCUGUCACUGCCAGUCUCAUCCGAGGAGCUGGGCGGCCCUACAAGUUCCUGGUUCUUUUCUUGGACAAAUCCGAAGGAUCACGCCGGACUCCGGGCACGAUUGACGGCAAACUUGUUUUUCGGCAAGCAGUUGUCAAAGAACUUAAGUCGGACGCGGGAGGAUCGGCUCCCAGGCCUAAGGGCGCCAGCGCCGCCGCUGUCAAGAUGCAGCCGUCCGUUGACACGGUCGUUAUCUUCCUUCGAGUCCUUAAAUCGUUUGCCCCGACGGACCAAUGGAAAGGUUUUGGUCUUAACCCGAACAAGACCGUUGUGCAGUGGGCCAGUCAACACCGAGUUCGAGUGCUUGACACUUUCUCCUGGGCUCUUGAGAAGCCUAGCGCGGCAGCGGGCGAACAGUACUACGGCAUGGCACGUGUGCGGAAAAGUGACUUGGAGGCUUUUCUAAAGUUGUCAGGGCAGCAAGGAGUUUUUGUGGACACUGCUCGUCGCCAUGGCAUCCAGACCAGCAUCUCCUGGAUUGAGAAGCUGCCGGGCGAAACCACUAGCGCCUAUCAUGAGCGAGCCGUUCGCCAGGGAGCCGACCUUGGUGUUGUCGUCAAAGCCAACAAGUUGGCGUGGCGAAAGAAGCUCGCUGAGGGUGAAGUCGAGAAGCGCAUGUGGCAAGUUGAUGGUCUGCCGAUAGAGUGGGAUGAGGAUGGAGUUACGAA